CCAUAAUGCUUUGUAUCUUGGUGAUGUUCGUGAGCGUGUUAAGAUUUUGGAGAAUGCCGGGCAUUUGCCACUUGCAUAUAUCACUGCUUCAGUCCACGGCCUACAUGAUAUUGCCGAAUGUCUAGCGACAAAAUUGGGAGAUAAUGUUCCUGCCUUGCCGAAGGGUAAAGUACCAUCUCUUCUGUUGUCUCCAACCCCCGUUUUGUGUGGUGGAGAUUGGCCCCUCUUGAGAGUCAUGAGAGGCAUAUUUGAGGGUGGGCUUGAUAAUAUUGGGAAGGGUGCCCCUGAUGAAGAUGAAGAGGCUGCCGAUGCUGAUUGGGGCGAAGAACUCGAUGUAAUUGAUGUCGAUGGCUUACAAAAUGGGGAUAUUGCAGCUGUUCUGGAGGAUGGGGAAGUACCUGAAGAAAAUGAUGACGAGGGUGGAUGGGAUCUCGAGGAUUUGGAGCUUCCUCCUGAGGCAGAUACUCCAAAGGCAGUCAAUGCCCGCUCCUCAGUUUUUGUGGCCCCUACUCCUGGCAUGCCCGUAAGCCAAAUUUGGAUCCAGAGAUCUUCUCUCGCUGCCGAACAUGCAGCCGCUGGCAAUUUUGAUACCGCAAUGCGCUUGCUGAGUCGGCAAUUGGGAAUAAAAAACUUCAAUCCUUUGAAAUCCAUGUUUCUUGAUCUUCAUUCUGGUAGCCAUACCUAUCUACGUGCAUUUUCAUCGGCUCCAGUGUUAACCCUGGCAAUUGAACGAGGAUGGAGCGAGUCUGCUAGCCCUAAUGUGAGGGGCCCACCAGCACUCGUGUUCAAUUUCUCUCAAUUGGAAGAGAAACUCAAGGCUGCUUACAAAGCCACAACAUCUGGGAAAUUCACUGAGGCUCUUAGGCUCUUCCUUAGUAUCCUUCAUACCAUUCCAUUGGUUGUGGUCGAGUCAAGAAGAGAGGUCGACGAAGUGAAGGAAUUGAUCAUUAUAGUGAAAGAGUAUGUUUUGGGUCUGCAAAUGGAGCUCUUGAGGAAGGAAAUGAAAGACAACCCAGUACGCCAACAAGAGCUUGCAGCUUAUUUCACCCACUGCAACCUUCAAAUGCCUCACUUGAGGCUAGCGUUGCAAAAUGCAAUGACCGUUUGCUACAAGGCUAAGAACCUCAGUACGGCAGCCAAUUUUGCGAGACGGCUCUUGGAGACCAAUCCGACGAAUGACAACCAAGCAAAGAUGGCCCGGCAAGUGCUUCAGACUGCUGAGAAGAACAUGAAAGACGUGACUCAGCUGAACUAUGAUUUCAGAAAUCCAUUUGUGGUUUGUGGAGCAACACAUGUACCCAUUUACCGAGGACAGAAAGAUGUCUCGUGCCCUUAUUGUAGUGCCCGGUUUGUGCCAAGCCAGGAAGGGCAGCUCUGUACUGUUUGUGAUCUUGCAGUGGUCGGGGCAGAUGCUUCAGGCUUGCUUUGCUCUCCUUCCCAGAUAAGAUGAUCUAGCUACUGAACCCAGCAUAUUUUUAUACUCAUCUUCCAGGAGCAGGGCUGUUCAAGUUGAUGCUGUCAUCGGUAGGCAAAGGUAAGAAAAUAUUGAUCAAGAGUUUUAAGUUUCUAUUGAACUGUCUCUCUGCUUUCCUGUCUCCCCCACUUUUUAAAUUUUUUCUUAUUUAGUUGAUUAUGGUUUUGAAUGUAAUAAACAAAUUGAGACUUUUGGUUGGGGCUAUUCUUGUGAGUUGUUGAUAGACAAGAAUGACCUAGGGUCUUUGUUAAAAGUAGACAUUGGUCAUAGGUAAGACGAGGGCUUAUAUAUUGGCAUAUGCAAAAAUGUUGUUUGGGAAAAUUUGCUUAUUUUCUGUGAUGUUCAUCGUUGUUUCUAUUGGCAUAGCUUUGUUUUGUGCUCAUAGAUAAUUGAAUUGAAAUUUCCAAUCUUUGUUCAUUUA